GUAGCCGGUUGGUUGGAUAUGCAAAAUUAUUAGUCCGCUGUGGCAAAAUAAAAGAGUUUUUCGGCGGGAGAAUUUUGUUGUUUGUUGGACAAUUUAUAACUGAAUGAUUUAUGACUGUGGCGUAUUACAACUAAAAAAAAUAAUAGAGAACAGAAAUAACAUUUACAGCAAAUCGAAUGGUGCACUUUUGCAUGGAAAUUAAUAUUUAAUGUUUUGAAAUUUCAAUUGAAUUAAAAUGGGUGUUGCAUUGAAUGUUAGUCGAAAUAAUUAAAUUUUCUGAUAAAACAAAACAAACAAAAAAAAACUGAAUUACAAAGUGCAAUUUGAUUGAUACUGACCGGAUGAUAUAUGGAUUACCUGUGCAGAGUUUUAGGACAUGGAUUACUGUUAAAAUAAUUGGGCAGUUCGUCAACAGUAAAUUUAUUUAUCCAAAUUUUAGCUAAAGAUAAUCUUCAUCGAAAUGGAACUGGGACACACAAUAAUUCGAGUUCUUUGGUUAAUUUUAAUAGCCACUCUUUGCGACGCUGCGAAAGAGUUAAAAAAUCUCACUUUAUCAAUCGAACCGAACUGGGUGAAACGAGGACAAAGUGCACAGUUGCACUGCAGCUACAAAUUAGAAGGUGCACCGUUGUACUCGGUUAAGUGGUAUCGAGGGAAUUUAGAAUUUUAUAGAUAUUCACCUUUAGAGCAUCCACCAGCAAAAAUUUUUCCCUACACCGGCAUUAAAGUUGAUCUGUCAGUGUCGAAUGCCACACAAGUAACAUUGCGAAAUGUAGGAUUUAAUUUAUCUGGAAACUUCACGUGUGAGGUUACUGCAGACGCUCCAUCCUUUUAUACGGCAGUUGCCACAAAUAUAUUGACAGUUGUCGAACUACCACAUGCGGCACCAACGCUCUUCACCGAACGAGAACGAUACGAUCCUGGUGAUAUUUUAAAAGCUAAUUGUUCAACACCGCCUUCGAAACCGGGUGCAACUAUAACGUUUCUCUUGAAUAACAAUUUGGUGGAAUCGGAUCCAACCGUUUUACAUAGCCACGAUAAUUUGCAGUGGGCCUCCAAAGAUUUGUCGAUACAGAUAUUGCCAUCUCAUUAUCAAAAUGGCCAAUUAACAUUGAGAUGUACGGCGGAAGUUGGUUCUUUGUAUGCUGAAAGUGCGGAAGCUCCACUAUGGAGCACACGGAAGGAGCCAAUACCAGAACGAGUUACUUCACCCAGCUCUAGUGGUCGAACCGCUUCAACCAUUUAUAUUAUGUCAAUUACAUCAAGUCUCAUAUGCAUGUUGUUUGUGCGAACGGUGUUGAGAUAGUGUGGCUAUCACCGUGGAAUUGAGUGCAAGUGGAGGAUGGAGAAACUUUUGGUGAAACCAUGGAUAUUAUAACCCGAAAUGAUUUAGUGAUUCCAUUUGAAAAACAAAACAAAACAAAAACAAAAAAAUAAAAAAAAAAAUGACGGAACAGAGAGUUUUUGUAUAUAUUUUAAUGUUGAAACGAUUUAGAACAUAAAAAUGAAUAAGCAGAGAGAAAGUUAAUUGGAAAAAUAUUCGGAUAAUGCUAAUCAAAUAUGAAUCGUGUGUUAGUUUACGAUAAAACCGAUUCAAUUCAAAAGAAAGAAACGAAACGAUAGUGAUCGUUUCUCUUAUGACAAGCUGAAAAGAUAACUAAAAAUUUAUUCAAAUUCACGCCGUAAGUGCGCCACAGUAUUUUACCCGUGAACGACGAAAUAUGUAAACCACAGAUCAACGCUCCGUUAUAUGAAACAGUCGCCAAUGACAACACUUGAACGCUGCGUUACGAUAGAGUUGACAGUGGCAGCAAUGUCGAGAAGUUUCAACUUGAGUUGACUGAAACUUUGGUUCUAGUGUUAAUUUAUUUGUAAGCCAAGUUGGGUGGUGGGAGAAUUUUUCCCUAUGCGAUAACGAAGAAAAGCUUCCCACUUCGAUCAUAAAAAGUGAGGAUUAGGACAAGUUUGAAGCGACAUCGUAAGUUGUAGCUUUUCGACGUUUUGUCACCCAGGCAAUUCGUUUGUCCUUUUUCAUUUUGAAUUUUGAACACACCUACGGCGUGAAUUCGGGUAGAGCAUUUAUUUUCUCACACACACAUACACACUCCAAUUUAAGUGUAGAGUUUACUAUCCAAAAAAUUUAUAAAAUGUGAAACUAUAUUAACGAUAAGUGUUAUAAGAUCAAAAUACAGCCAGUGGCAUUCAAUUUUGUGCAUGACAGAGUAAAGUUAACCAGGCAAGAGCGCUGAUUUGACUAGGGACCUGAAUAAUCUAGUAG